CUUUAUAAGAGAUAUUUGAAGCCUUUUAAUCAGGUUUUUUGUUUUUAAAAUGUAGGUCAGUCCUAUGAAAUCCGUAUGCUUAACAGAAAACUAGUGGAGUAUUCAGACAUAAGCACCAAAUAUGUGAAGAGCAUAGUGCGGGUGGUGUUUCACGACCGCAGGCUGCAGUACAUGGAGCACCAGCAGCUGGAGGGCUGGAGGUGGAGCCGACCUGGGGAUCGCAUUCUCGACAUUGACAUCCCUCUGUCAGUGGGCAUACUAGAGCCGCAUUCACACCCGCUGCACCUCAACACUAUAGAAUUCCUGUGGGACCCUGCCAAGAACGCCUCUGUCUUCAUCCAGGUGAACUGCAUCAGCACAGAGUUCACGCCUCGGAAACAUGGAGGUGAAAAAGGAGUGCCCUUUAGGAUCCAGGUGGACACUUUUACCACCAACGAACAGGGAGAAUAUAUAGAGCCUGUGCAGUCAGCCAGCUGUCAAAUCAAAGUGUUUAAGCCUAAAGGGGCAGACCGUAAACUGAAAACAGACCGUGAAAAGAUCCACAAAAAGGACCCUCAGGACCGGGAGAAAUACCAGCUCUCACACGAGACCACCGUACUCAAAGAGUGCUCUCCAUGGCCUGACGCUGUAAACCUACCAAACCAAAGCAGCAGCAGUAUCCCUCCGUCUCCGGGUUACCAAAGCCCCCCCACCUCCUGCUCUUUCACCGAAGGCAGCUGUUCCCCAGACCAGCCCACGGACCUGCUCGUGGCCGGCUGCUCGGAUCACCUUCUGGCCACGUCCUCGCCGCAGGACACUCAGCAGUGGCUCCUUCAACAUAGGUUCACACCUUUCUCAAGGCUCUUCUCCAGCUUCUCAGGAGCUGAUCUGCUGAGGAUGAGCAGAGAAGAUCUGAUCCAGAUCUGUGGCCCGGCCGACGGCAUCCGGCUCUUCAACACUAUGAAAGGAAGGAUGAUAGUCCCACGGCUCACCAUCUAUGUCUGUCAGCAGCAGAGCAGGAACCCAGCCGCACUCAAAGCUGUGGGAGGAGACAUCUACCACGCUCUGUAUUUGGAGGACCUCACAUUGUUGGAUUUGACUGAUAAACUGGCCAUGCUGUUCAAUAUUAUACCCCAGAGAAUUAUACAUGUGUACAGGCAGAAGCCAGCAGGGAUCCACGUACUAGUCACAGAUGAGAUGGUGCAAAACUUUACAGAGGAAACUACCUUCAUCAUCAGCACAAUCAGAGAUGAAAAUACAGACGGCUACCACGUUAUUUUAAAAUGACUGCCAACUGUUGUGCAGCCUGUAAAUAUCCUAUUUUGUGUU